GACAGUUCUCCCAGUCAACUGUGACCACUGUCAGUCAUUUUCGUUCCGUCGCUCGGCCGCGAAAGUCGCGCAAAAUUUUGCUCUCUGGUGAAAAAGUUUUCAAACAAAUUUUCAGUGCCGAAAAAAUGGAGCGUCCGAAGCGCGAGGAUUUCGACAAGAUUUGCCGGCUCUGCCUGAAGAGUGCCAGCCUGGUGAACAUCUUCGACCGGAACCCGAAAACGCAGCAGGAAUCGCUCAGCACGCUGGUCCGGGAAACGGUCGAAAUGCUCGGGCUGACGAUCGACCCGGACGAUAACUUCCCGCGUAAAAUGUGCCUACCGUGCAAAGAUUCGUUGCGCUCGCUUUACAAAUUCAGAAACCAAUGCCAAGAGGCGAACGAUCUGAUACUGGAAGUUCUCUCUAGCUUUGAACUAACUGUAGCAAAGGAAGCCCCUAGCAUAUUGACAGUUUCAGUUCCAGAGGUUCAACCUAAACUAUCCGAAGAAUUUAUCUCCGUCAAAGCGACAAGCACUCUGAUAAAUGAAGACAUUCCCGCUAUCGAUGAUCACGAUGAACCGUUUGAACUCACGGAGCAAAUGGUUCUGGAAGCCGACUCGAGCAGCGCGCUCAACGUGUCGAUUGCGAAGAGCGAAGUGUCGAGUACGGUGACGGUGAGCCUAGAGUACGAAUACCUGGAGCAGGAAAGCGAACCAGACGACGGGGAGCGCGAUGGUAAGGUGGAAGAGAUGGAAGCGAACGCUGGGCAGGAUGUGUACACGAUCGAAAUGCAAGCCGACGAGGCGGAGGAAGUGCGGGAAGACGGUGGCGGGGAUGUUCAGAAUUCUGAGGUCUAUCCGGAAGAGCCACCGGCUCAAGCAAAAACUCCAGUUGUGCUCAUUUGGGACUGCAUGGUCAACAGGAAACCCGCGAAGAAGAUAGCGGUCUGUGAUAAAUGCGGAAAGUAUUUUAAAGGCAGAACUUUACUUGCAAACCACAAAUCGGUAGUCCAUGCAGAUCGGGAAAGAAAGACCUUUAAUUGUCCAUAUUGCUCCAUGCAGUUUGCGACUUGGCACAACAGACACCGACACAUCAGCACGCACACCGGAAAAAGAUAUAAGUGCAGCAGGUGUAGCAAAACCUUCACUGAUCGCAAGUCUAAAUACCGACAUGAGAAUGAGCACGACGGGCCACAGUUUGCUUGCUCAAAAUGUGGUAAGAAAUUUAUGCAAAAAUGUUACCAGCAGCGCCACACCAAGAAGUGCACCGGGAGGAAAAAUUUGGACAAGAAAAGGUCGACGAGUGGGAGCAGGAAGAGGAAGAGGCCAGUUGACGUGUAGAGGUCGAAGCUGGAAGGUAACGAAGAGACGCCGGGCGACCUUGUGGUCGAGCUGCGUCUAGUUGAUUCGUCGGGCGGAUUGGCAUAGAAGAAGAGGAAGAGUCCGUUGACAAGGGCUGUGGAGUCGGGUCUUUUUUGGGACCUGGAGUCGGAGUCGGAGCCGUCAUUGUCGUGAUCGGGGACUUUCUUUUAUAAUAAAAACACAGAUAUUUUGCAAUUAACAAACAGCACGCCUUUUUCCACACAAAUCAACCACAAAACUGAUUUAACAAUCUUCAUUCUCUCUUUCGCCGGCCGCGCGCAUCUCGCUGUUUUCUCGCUCGUUGUUCUCUCUCGCAGCUCGCUAGCGCGCUCCCGCACUCUAAAAGUGAAAAAACAGAAUAUUUUUCAAAUAAACGCAGGUUUAACAAUUUUUAAUUUAAUACGGGAUAAGUAAUUGUUUACCUGAUUUUCAUUUAAUUUUAAGUAAUUUAGAAUUAAAAGGCAAAUUUUACUAACAUUACUGAAACAACAAAACACGAUGUAUAAAAAUAAUUCAAAUUCAAAAGCUAUUUUUUAACAUUUUAAAUUAUAAGGAAUCAAAUUAUUAUUUUUGAUUCUCAUUUUGUGAAUAUGAAAUAAUAAACAAUGUGGACAAAAUCAAAAAUCUAACAUGUUGCUGACUGAAAUAAAAAAUAAAGCAUAAUCCUGGCGAUUUUUUGAAUUUGAAAUUUAUAUGUACCAUAAAAACAAAGAAUAAUCAUUUCAGCAAUUUAUAAACAAUGUGGUA